AUGGCAGAGCAGCAGGCAAAGAAGAGGAAGACGAAGAAGAAGAAGAAGGAAGCAGUGUGCAUGACUGACAGGAGCCCAACGACUUCAAAUGAGCCGCUCAUGCCUCAUGUGAAUUCCAUCCAUGUCUCCAUCUUCCCAGGAUCAAAGGACAGUCAGGAGUAUCAUUGGCUAGGUCCUGUCAUUGUGCAUGUCAAAGACGUUGCAAAAGCACAGGUUUUGUUGUUUGAGACUCCUGCUCUUGGGUUAGUUGGCAAUGUAUGUCACAAGGAAACAGGACAACCUGGUGUUCUGGUUUUAUGUGAACCAAGGAUUAAUGGGGAAACUCAGCCAGGACUGACAACCUGCAGAGGUGCAGCAAAGAGAUUAAUCGAUCUGGGUCUGGUCUUCAUACCAGUUGAAGAUGCUGUCCAGGACACAGUCGAGAGCAUCAAAGCUAAAGGCUUCCUGAACCAGAAAAUGCCACAAUCUUAA